CAGCGCUCCAGUACAAUGCGAGUCCGCCCGGGGGCAGUUCCCUCUGAGGCUCUGAUUGGUCGCGCCGCCUGCCCCAUUUGCCCCCUCCUGAGCCGAGCUGCUGCAAAACUCUCCCCCUUGCCCUACCCCCAGCAGCACCGCAGCACGCAAUCAGUCUGGGGGCCGAAACCGAAAGAGCAUCGGAGCGCCCAGCAGCUCUGCUCCCCCCUGCGGGCCACGAGAGGGUUCUGCGGGCCUCCCUCCGCCCCGCAGCGGCACGCCCGAGCCGGGAAGGCAGGAGGCCAGGAGAGGUUAGGCGGGGGGAACAGACUGAACUGCUGGGCAGCAGCGGGAGCAACAUGUUCUACGCGGUGCGCAAAGGCAGGAGGAUCGGAGUCUAUCAGACCUGGUAUUAAUGGCAUAUCUAGUUUGUCACAAAAGAGUGACAGCUACUGGAAUGAAAUGGAGACAGCAAGCCCAAGUUACAGCACAUGCAAGAGACCAUAUGAGCAGUCUUCGGAGGAAGAAUCUAACAGAAAACGUGUAAAAUACAAUGAGACAUACUCGGCACCUUCAGUGAGCAAAGAUAAAUUCUCAUAUAUGGGUGACUCUGUAGUUGUUUAUACAGAUGGCUGCUGCUCAAGUAAUGGACGUCGUAAGGCACGUGCUGGAGUAGGAGUCUAUUGGGGACCAGACCACCCUUUAAAUACUAGUGAUAGGCUUUCUGGACGGCAGACCAACCAAAGAGCUGAAAUACAUGCAGCCUGCAAAGCAAUAGAGCAAGCAAAGAGUCAAAACAUCAAGAAACUGGUUCUUUACACUGAUAGCAAGUUCACUAUAAAUGGUGUAACAAGUUGGGUAGACAACUGGAAAAAUAACGGCUGGAGAACAAGCACAGGAAAAGAUGUAAUAAAUAAAGAAGACUUUGAAAGACUUGAUAAGCUUUCAGAGGGAAUGGAAAUUCAGUGGAUGCAUGUUCCUGGUCAUGCUGGCUUUACAGGAAAUGAAGCAGCUGAUAGACUUGCAAGAGAAGGAGCUGGAAAACAAAACUUCUAGCAUGCUAUCAUGACUAGAAAACUUCAUUCUUGCUAACUAAAGACUGUUUGAUUCAUAAGACAGACUCUUCUCAGUGUGAAAACUUCCAGUUGGAAUUGUUCAAAAUAAGUUAAUUUAAACUUUGUUAUAACUAUACUUACCUUAUUUCUGGUUUAACAUUUUAAAUAUACGCUGUCCUGUAUAAACACACCUACUUUUUUAGGGUGUUCAGGUGACUUGGUUAAUCACUGCUUUGUUGGUAGAGGCUUGUUUAACAAUUAACUGAACAUUCAAAUAUUGGUAAAAGAAAGGUGUCCAGUAUUUUUAGUCCCAGUUGCCACAAUGCCUGUUAAGAAUUUUUUUAGAUGUUCCAUAAUGGAGAUAAAAUUUUGGGUUUUACGAAGUAUAAUUGUUUAAAAAAGUUUAUGAAGGGAAAUCUGUUACAAUUUGAAUGCUAGACAGAUGUUGUUUUCCCUUUACCAAAAGUAUUGAAAUAAAUUUAAACUUGAGAAGUUU